AUGGAAGCACCAUGCCGAACAAUAGCAGUGGCAGCAUUGCGAGUUGUGUCAGGUGGAACCAUUGUCCUUAAUGGGAACGGGACAGACCAGCAACCGUUCGACUGUCAGAAACUACUUACGUUGCAUUAUCGUGGCAUCCCGCAAAUUACAAGGAACGUAACGAUAACAAGUUUAAAUUUUACUCGAGCCCAUAUACAAUGCCUGACAGGGUUUUGUUUUAAUCGGUCAGACCAAGAUCUACGAGUCACUUUAACUGGAAUAACAUUCUUUGAAACACCCUUGAGAUUUAUAGACUGUUCUGAAAUCACGCUUAUCAACUGCACCCAUCAGAACGCCACUGAAGCUGUCAUUAUUAACACUACAGCUAGCUCAAUAACAAAUGUCACCAUUCGAGGUUCUCUCUUUCAAAACAACUCUCUUUGUGUGAAAAUACAAUUUCUUGGAGGCUCUGACACAGACUUGAAAUUCUCUUUAGAUAUCAAGGACACUAAAUUCCUGAACAAUGGGAUUUUAGAUUAUUUCGAAUCAUUUUACAGGGGUGCUCUUGUAUUAACAAGUAAUAUUUCUCGCACGAUUGAUCUGUCUAUCGUUGUUGAAAAGGUAAAGAUAGCUGACAGCGGCGGCCAAUUUCUAGCGAUCGACCUCCCCACAGCUAGUACGUCAGAGAAGUACGGUGACGUCGUCCUUGAGCGGAACAGCUUCGUUAUCUCCCAGAGGAAGUCUCGUAGCCUUUACUAUUCAAUAGUGAAGAAAGCCAAAGUAACAUUUCAUCGUCUACAGUGCAAGGAUAAUGAUCAGGUUAGAUGUGUAACAAUCUUUGCAAGAAAAAAUGCAACACUUUUAGUCAGAGUCCACGAAUCCACUUUUAACAAUAACACCGCAUACCAAUUAGGGAAUGGGACAUUGUUUGCGGCAAUCUUUCGAGUUGUGGGAAGCGAAAGUCAUUCUGGAACUGUCAUAAUUUCCAAUACGUCUUUUGUCAAAAAUAAUCAAACGGCCCUAAGCACAACUCCUAAUUUCGACUUGGCUUUAGUCAACGUAACCAUGUCUUCUUCACUGAACGGUUUGGGCAUCUUCUCCUGGGACCUGUAUAAUAAAAACAAUUUUCAUCUAAAUGUUACUAUCGAAGGCUGCAAAUUCCAGAAUAACACUCACGACAUAUAUGGUUUAUUUAACAACACCAUUAACAUCGCCUUUCGGGUGAGAAACACACUGUUUGACGGUAAAGAAGUACAGAGGCAUGUGAAGACCACUUAUGGUAUUCGUCUUAUUAUGCCUCGUUUAGAGAGGACAAAUGUUUCUCAAGCAGCAAUUGAAAUAGAAGAUGUGACGUUCAAAAGCAGACCUAGCAAUUCGUUUGCGUUCUUCUCCAAGGGUAACAACACGAUCAAGAUUCGCCGUUGCUUGUUUCAAGAAGGGUUUGGUCUUGAAAUAGACGAAUGGACGAGAACAUAUUACAAACACAAGGUCACUGAUAGGACCAGCCAAGGGGCACUCAUGUUCUUUUUCGAUACGGAUGAAAUAGAGAACAGAGGAUGUGUCGAUAACGAUGUGACAAACGAUACCCAUCGCACAUGGAAAUACUCCAGUCACGUCUUGCUCGAGGACACUACGUUUCAAAAUAACCUUGGACACAUGGCAGGAGCUGUUCAGAUCAUCAAUAGCUAUGUUAAAUUUCGAAGAUGCAAGUUCAUUAACAACUUUGCCGCGAGUGACACAGGACAGAUUUAUGUUGGACACGGAAGCGCCAAAGUUGAGUUGAACAGUUGCGUGUUCAAACGUACGAAGCUAGGAGAGGAAUUCCAAGGGAUUGCGUUUCGUUACAGAAGAUUUUUGUGUUCAGAGAGUGGAGGCCCGAUAAAAAUACUCAACACCUCUUUUCACUCCGAUAUGGGACACAGGUCCGAGCGGGGAUCUGUUAUACAAAUAACAUCCGGAGGCUACUUCGAGAUGGAUUCUAGCUCAACAAUCCAAUGUGCAGUUGGCAGCCAACUCUACUUCUCCAAUUUCUCUCAUUUUAUUUACGACGAAGGAGAUGACAGACACUUUUGUCGAGUAAAUUUAACAACUGAGAUAUUAAGUUGCAGAAUGUGUUCCUCUAAAAUGUACAGUCUUCAACGUGGCUUCUCUAAAGGACUAAAAGUCAAUAAAGGCUUCAGAUGUCAAAACUGUCCAUUUGGUGCCCACUGCAGUGGACCCAACAACAUUGUGGCAAAGCCCAAUUUCUGGGGCUACAAAAUCACCAAUGUUAGUAACAUUUCAUCCUUAAAAUUCGUACCUUGUCCAUGGGAGUAUUGUCAUCCUCAACGCAAAGAUUUAUAUCACGGUAAUGAUUACAACAGUUGCCAUGGCUUUAGGUCUGGUAUCCUGUGUGGAAGAUGUGCCACAGGAUACUCAGAAACGCUUUUCUCGUCAGAAUGUCGACAAUCCCACAAAUGCAGAUGGAAUUAUCUUUGGAUUCUUAUGGGACUUUACACCGUACUUGUUUACCAUUUAUCUAUUGAAGAAGCCUCCGCUGGUUCUGUAUUUGAAACGUCAAAUUCUGUGGUUCAAAACAGAUCGACAGUCCCCUUUCGAGAUGGAGGGACGUUCAUCUCUGCACAAAGCUGA